GUGCCGUCUUCAGUCGUGUGCUAGUCGGCGGAUUUGGCUGUUUGAUGUGUGUGCAGAAGUGUGUGUGUCGAUGCAUGUUAGAAAAGGAUUUAAUGUCUUUGGUCUGCUGAUGCCCUGAAGACCCCCGGAUGGGCCCCAACCCACAGGUGCAUCAUGGGCUCCAGGAUAAAGAAAAACCCUGACAAAACUUUCUAUUGGUUCUUUCAAGCCUCCUGUCCAAUCGCCAGAGAUAAAGAUCCUGAUGUGUUGUUUCAGUUCCCUGAAGACUUUAAUGAUGAGGAGUCUCGGAAGUCGUUGCCUCGCUUCUGCUUCCCUUAUGACAUAGAGAGGGUGAAGGACAGUGUGGCGGUGCAGCACUUCACAUUCGUCCUGACGGAUCUGGAAGGAUGCCAGCGAUUCGGUUUCUGCAGACUCACGUCCAGCUCUCAGACCUGCUUGUGUAUACUGAGUUAUUUGCCUUGGUUUGAGGUCUUCUACAAACUUCUGAAUAACCUCGCGGAGUGCUCAUCAAAAGGACAGACGAAUGAAAUGACGGAGCUGCUUUUGGCUCUCUACAAGCACCCCGUCCCUCCGGCCAACGGCUCCAUCACGCUGCAGAUGGGAGCAAAGCUAAUGAUUGGAAGUGAGAUGCCUGGCGUAGGUGGACACACCCCUAAAGGGGAGGAGUCAGCGGGGAUCCCGUACUUUAUUGCUCCAGAUCCCAAAGCCCUGCCGUCUAUUCCAGAGAGUAGGAACCUGACGGAGCUGGUGGUGGCGGUGGAUGUUGGUAAUCUGCUCCAGCUCUUCGCCAGCAUGCUGUUUGAGAGACGGAUCCUCAUUUACUGCAGCAAACUCAGCACGCUGACGGCGUGUGUUCAUGCAUGUAACGGGAUGCUCUUUCCAAUGUACUGGCAACACAUCUUUAUUCCAGUGCUGCCACCUCACCUGCUGGACUACUGCUGUGCACCGAUGCCGUACCUUAUAGGAAUUCACUCCAGUCUGGCAGAGAGGGUGAAGAGUCGCGCUCUGGAGGAUGUGGUCAUUUUAAACAUCGACACCAACACCUUAGAGUCGCCUCAUGAAGACCUGAAAAAGAUCCCGGCUGACGUGGUGGCGGGUCUGAAGGUCCGUUUGAAGCGUCAGGCAGCGGCGGCAGGAUCAGGAGUCGCUCAUGCGUUUCUCAGAGCACAGGCGCUGCUGUUCGGAGGAUACAGAGACGCUUUACAGGCUCCUGCUGAAGGGCCCGUGGUGUUCUGCACCGAGCUGUUUCUCAGUCAUAAAUCUCAAAGCAUGCGGGAGUUUCUGGAGAGCGCCGUCCAUCUGCAGUGUUUUAAAGAGUUCAUCGACGGGCGUCUGGAAAUGCUAAAUGAGGGCAGAGAGCCGAGCGAUGUGUUUGAGGAAGAUCUGCUUCAGUGCGGAGCUUCAUCAGGUGGAGCUAAACUGUGUCGGCAGUGGGUGGGAAAUUUAAAGAAAGGUGGAGGAGCUCUGAUUGUGACCUGGAAGUCUACAGCCAACAAAGCAACUAAAUAUCACAGCAAAUUUGGGCUGAAAAACCUGCUGUCCUCAAAGGAUCAGCCAGAGGCCUGUACGCUGCAGCGGGGCGGGUCUGUGUGUGAACCUCACACAUAUCGCCUCAUCCAAUCAGAUUGCCUUCAGAACCGUCUGCCAAUCACACAGCACUUUGGGAAGUCUCGUCCUCGACGGCCUGCACAGAAACACCAUCGACAGAAAGAGCAAAAGACACCAGUUGACAACACCACCUAUGAGGACAGAGCAGUAGAUGCUCCAGAUCAGUGUUCUGGCAGCAGUGACGUACAGGAGGAGGAGGAGGAGGAUUUCUCUCUGCUGGCCGAUGCGGAGGAGAUGGACCUGCUGGGCGAAAUCUUCGACACCCUGAGCGCUCAGAGCUCCAGAGAGCCGGGUUUACUGUACGGCACACGCAGCCUCGACCUCUUCUGCUCCGACAGUAGCGAAUUCAUCUCACAUAAAGGAUUAGCAAACCCAAGCCAGGAGAGUCUGAGUCCGUCCUUUGCAAACAGCGGAAGCCUGAUGAGCUGGGAGGAAGAGCUAGAGGAGGGCCCUGAUGCUGAGGAGGAAGGGGCUGGUGGUGAGGAGGAGGGGACUGUCAAUGAGGAGGAGGAGUCUAUCAUAGUGAUUGACGGGUCAGAAAAUGAGCUUAAUGAAUUAGAGAAGGACUUGACGGAGUUGGGGGAAACACUGUGCUCUGAUUUACAAAAUCUAGAAGACGCUUCUGUGGAUCCUGAAGAGAGCUCUCAAGAAGUGCAUGAAAAUAAACAAGAUAAUACACAAAUGAAUGGUACAAUGGAGGAAAGCCUAGAUACGGAAACAAUAGCUGAAGAAAGGACUGAGACGCAAACUGACAAAGAAGAAAAGCUUCAGAAUGAGUGUAAGACACCUGAUGCAUCAAAUGGACACACAAAUAAAGAAAUCAUCUGUCUCAAAGUAAAGAUAGACAAAAGAGAAAAGCCUGAGGAGAAAAGUGUUGAACCUCAAUCACCUAAAGUCUCAUCUACUGUAGCUCUGUUCCAGUCCAAGGUGUUGGUGGACUCUUCAGUUUGCAGAGGGAAGGAAAACUCUCCCAAAUCCCCCCUAAGAAGCCUGAAAAUCAAUGUUGGGUCAGCAAAGGCAAUGCAGAGUGAAGAAGACCGCACAAAAUCACCAGUUACAUCAAAUGCAGAGGAGCAAGAACAGGCUCCUGUUAAAGUCUCAGAGCUCAAGAAGAGAUUCGAACAUUAGAGCAUCAAACAUUAAGUAUAUUUUGGUAAAAAAAAAAAAAAAACGCAUUUCUCAAUCUGCAUAUUCUCGAUCAGCAUAUUUUGCAUGUCUCUUUUUUUUUUUUAAACACAGCUGAUUUACAUAAUGCAUGAAUAGUGUUCUCACUGACACAUCCAACCCAGGCUCAUUAUUGAUACAUACCACUAUAUACAAUUAUGGACAUCGCGAAAUACAUCUCAGGAGCUAUGUUUUUGCAGUUUUUGUUUUCGCGAAUCCACCAGAGGCCGCUGUGUAUGCUCUUUCAGACCUCAAAUUUCUCUCACGAAUGCCAUUUGCACCUGCUGUUCUCGUAAACCCACCAGAGGCCGCUGUUGACUGACUGACUGACUGACUGACCAAUCGACUGACCCACCCUCCUCCUAAACCCAACCCAACAGUGUUUUUUAAAUGCAAUCCAGACAAGGGAAAGCCAUCGCAGCUGUCUGAUUUUUACCACGUUUUCAGAUUUUACCACAUUUUCACCCUGUUAUUUACUUGUUUUAUUGUACUUUUUGCCUCUUGUUUUUGUUUGACCUGCUUUCUGGAGCCGUUCUUCGCCCAACUCGAACCAUGUCAUUGUGGUCAACUCCUCUCUGCAUCUCAAGUCCACCAACAUACAAGGUGAGCUACUGGGCAAACUGGUAACAGCGUAAAAGCCGUCCACAUGGAGGUAAGCGGUAGCGCAAAAAGAAACAGAAGCCAACUGCGGUGCCAUAACGCCUCGUAGCGUUCAUUUUAAAGACCAAAUGUAGCCAUAUCUAGCUCUGGCUACAUAAUUGACGCUCUUCAGAAAUGUAUACACUGGGAUGUAUUCACAAUGAGCCUGUGUUGCCACAUUCAUAUGCAUAGUCCAAUGCAUAGUCCACAUCCAAUGCAUAGUGUGCAUUGUUCCCUAGUCCCUUCUCCUUCAGUACUCUCUCUGUCCGAGCAUAAGAAGCCUUUAUUUCACUUCAGAACGUUCAUUCGUGGAUUUACACAAUGGCUUUGCUGGCACCGUCUUGCUAAAGGUGACAUAAUAAUAUUUCUCCCUAAAUUAAUACAAUAUAAAUUUGCAUAUCACACACUAAAAAUGCCAUUCGAAUGAAACAUAUAUGCUUUCUAAACUCAUUGCGGAAUAUCCCGUCGUGUCCACUUUGUAGGGCACUUGUUGUUGAACUAGCACAAAUGUCUGACAUUUAGGCAAAAUAGGCAAUAUGCAGCGUGAGGGCCAGGGUUGAGAAACACUGGAGUAAAUAUAAUGGAGGUUAUGCAUGUGAUGUCAGCUGGAGUGACUGUGGCUCCGCCCACUGAGUGGCAAAAAAGACUACAGGCCACUGAAUUAAACAGUCAAUUAUUCUCCUUAUACUUUGGUUAUCUACUGAUGUAUUGGAGACAUUUGUCAGGCUUCUGUCCUCAAACAUGUCCUGUGUGUAGCACUAGUUUCUCACACAUCUCCUCCAAAGCAGUUGUGUAUUGUGUAUUCAGUUGUGUAUUGAUGUGAUUUGUGACUCUUGUAACUGUGAAAUCAUUCAGCGGAGUGAUAUGGAGCUGUAAUGUGCUAAAAAACCUGCCGGAACUACUUUCAGUGUGUUUAUCUUAAAAUAACAGCACAUGUAAGAAUGUUCAUCAGCCAAUCAGAAUCAAGCAUUCAAUAGCCCUGUGAAAAUUCAUUCAAAGGAAACACAAGUUAAUUUUUUCCCCGUUGCACAAAUACGUACACAUAAAUCAUUCGCAAUAUGACCAAUAAUGUUGAGUAAAUCAGGUCGACUUUUUUCAACUUUUAAAUCAACGUCAUCCACAUAAAUUGAUCAAUGCACCAAUUCUGACCACCUCGUUCAUCCAAAACAUCUGUAAUCAUUUAUAAAAGGCUUAUCAGAGAGGGCAAUGCUGACUCCAAGCAAAUAUUGACUCAGUCGAAACCAAAAUUACUCUCUCAAAUUACACACUGCAAGCGGCGCACAGAAUUAAGGACAAGGUUAUUUACUCAAAGAUGCAUUUUACUGAAUAGAUACAGAUAUUAAAGUAUUAUAUACAGAACAAUAAAACUAGCAAAACAGUAUUUGGCAAAGUACAAAUAUAAUCUUUCCUCUCCAGAUGUGUUCAUUAUUUAGACAUUUACGUUUUCAGUAGUGCAGUGGGACAAUAUUUUGGAGGUAAAGCUGCCAUGCGUCUUCUUAAAGAGACGGUUCACCCUAAAAUUAAAAUUCUGUCAUCAUUUCCUCCACUUAUUCCAAACCUAUUUGACUUUAUUUCUUCUGCUGAAAUUUAAUAGAGAAAUCUGGAAACGUAUCAAAUCCAUGGUGUUUGCUUUUCCUACUAUGGAAGUCAAUGUAAGAUAUAUUCUUUGGUGAAAAAACAAACUCAUCAAGUCUUUGAGGAAGAGUAAAUAGUAAUUAAAUGUUAAUUUUAGGGUGAACUGUCCCUUUAAGAAAGACUCUGAAUUAAGUAAACCGAAAGCACUGAUAAAGGAAACAAAACUAGUUUGGUUGUGCGUGUAAAUCCUCUGACUUCACAUUUCUUCACUAAAUGCAUUGGCAUGUGUCUUCAAAUAUCUCCCAGGUGUGUUCAUUAUUCAGCUGUAACGGUGCAAAGAUUUCUUGUAUCCCAGUCAAAAAUGACCAAUAAAUACCCACCACCUUUUCUAGUGA